CAAUUGUCAACACCACCCAUGUCGUUCCUCUACAACCCGCCUCAUAUUUUAUUUGCCCUUCUGACCCGCUUUGCCCGGCGGCGAUCCUACGGCCGACUCGCAAACUGUCGCUGACUUAGGUAAUGUGUUGUCCGGCCAGGGUGCCGAUGACUCUGAGAGUCAUAGACACAUUCUUUCGCCUUCUGAGUCCCGUCUGAGCACUUCCUUUUGUUCCUUGCCCUGUACACUUUCUUGACCAAGUCCUUCAUGACCGCUGCCACGAGAGAUAUGGACGAAGAGACUCCGCUGUUGCAGGAGACUCAGCAGAAAAAAAAGCCCUCACCUAUACCAUGGCCUCAGAUAACCCUGCUCUUGGUAUUGCAGUUGGCCGAGCCGCUGACUUCACAAGUUAUAUAUCCGUUCGCUCCUGAGUUUGUUCGACACAGCGGGAUCACGCAUGGAGACGAGACGAAGGUAGGGCACUAUGUUGGGUUAAUGCAAUCCAUCUUCUUUGCUGCGCAAGCCAUGACCGUUCUGCACUGGAGUCGUAUUUCAGAUAUUGUUGGCCGCAAGCCUGUCAUCUUGACGGGUCUGUCUGGCCUGUCACUUUCCAUGUACUGCUUUGGUUUGUCGAGGACAUAUUGGUCGGCUGUUAUCAGUCGUUCUCUUAAUGGGUUCCUCAACGGGAACAUUGGAGUGCUGAAAAGCAUGAUUGCAGAAAUCACAGACUCCUCGAACCUUGCGCAGGUCUAUGCAUACAUGCCAAUCGCAUGGUCUACCGGAGGGACUUUAGGUCCCAUCAUCGGCGGCACACUUUCACGCCCCGCUGACCGCUUUCCCGAUACGUUUGGCGAUUCAGAGUUCAUGAAAAAGUUUCCCUAUUUUCUAGCUUGCGCCGUGCCUGCGACAUUCUCCGCCCUUGCAUGGUUGAUUACUUUUACAUUUCUCAAAGAGACUGUUCGUUCGCCUGUUUCCGUCCGGAGCCUAUUCAGGAUCCGCAAAGAUAAGGGGGGUCUGGCUUUAGCAGAUGAUACCUCCCUGCAGGACACUCCGGCAGAUGAUGCUGAAAAACCCUUCCCUAUCUAUGCGCUUCUCAUUCCACGUGUGCUCAUCGCGGCGGUGAACUACGCCACUCUCUCACUCGUCGACAUCGCAUACCGUGCAGUGCAACCUCUGUUCUUCUCCACACCGAUCGAGCUCGGUGGGCUUGGGCUGCCACCUCCCACGAUCGGUGCCAUCUUGUCCUUCUUCGGUUUCAUGAACGGUAUUUUCCAGGUGUUCUUCUUCGCGCGCAUCCACGACAGAUGGGGGACGAAGAACGUUUUUAUCGCGGGCCUGCUCUCGGCGAUACCCUGCUUUGCCUUGUUUCCAUUCAUGAAUCUGUUGGCAAGGUCGCAGGGCGUCAGUACUACCGUCUGGGUUAUAGUGGCGCUGCAAACUCUGAUUUCCCUUGGAGUCAGUCUCAGUUACGGCUGUAUCUUCAUCUACAUCGCGGCCUCUGCUCCUAACAAAGCCUCUUUGGGUGCAACCAACGGAUUGGCCCAAAUGAUGGUGUCGGUUAUGCGGACGUUCGGCCCUGCAGCGGCAAACUCCUUGUUUGCUCUUUCCAUUCGGCAUCAAUAUCUUGGUGGGUGGCUUGUAUAUUGGGUUCUGCUCGCCGUUGCAUCCGGCUCGGUGUUGGUAGCGACCACAUUGCCUCGCAAGGCAUGGAGGGACUCGAAGUAAGCGCGAGAUGUUGUUCACGGAUUUCUAUACCCCGAUGAGACGCCAAGAUCGUACCAGUAGUUUUAACGAUAUCCAUCAGAGUUACCAAUGGAUGGCUUUUCACGACUUGA